ACCCCAUUCAAGCUGGGGAACUGCACACAGUAGAGGAGCGCUGAGCGAGUACGCGGUCACGGGAACUAAAUGUCUUCAAGUUUUGGAAUUUAACUAUGGGAAGGUUAUCAAACCUAAGGAUCAUGUGAAUCCGGCAAUCGGCCGAGCCACUGCAGAUGAUGUUCUAGAUGACAGCUCUGCACAGAGAGAAAAGGACGUUGAAUCAAUAAGGGCUUCUCCCCCCCCCUCCCCUGAUUAUAACGAGGCGAAAUCGAAAAGGAGUGACUGAGAAUAGGAGCGAACCCCCCUCAUUUGGCCCUGCCCUCUUGGAACAGAUUGAACAUGGGGCCGUGCCGGAAUUCGCUCUGCCCCGUCCUGUAUUGGGGGCUCCUGUUCCUGCUGGGGGCGCUAGGCACACUGGCUCAGUCCCACGCCACGCCCGCCCCCUCUUUCAAAACCUUCUCCCCACCCGACUGGGGACUGACGCACCUGGUUAUCCACAACAAGACGGGCGAGGUGUACGUGGGUGCGGUCAACUGGAUCUUCAAGCUGUCCGGCAACCUGACCAAGUUGCGGAGCCACAUGACGGGCCCGGUGGUGGACAAUGAGAAGUGCUACCCGCCCCCCAGCGUGCAGUCGUGCCCCUACGAACAGGUGCAGACCAACAACGUCAACAAGCUGCUCCUCAUCGACUACGCCCAGAACCGGCUGCUGGCCUGCGGCAGCACCUCGCAGGGGAUCUGCCAGUUCCUGCGGCUGGACGACCUGUUCAAGCUGGGCGAGCCCCACCACCGCAAGGAGCACUACCUCUCCAGCGUCAGCGAGUCCGGGACCAUGUCGGGCGUCCUCAUCGAGGGCACCGACGGCCACAACAGCAAGCUCUUCAUCGGCACGCCCAUCGACGGCAAGUCCGAGUACUUCCCCACCCUGUCCAGCCGCAAGCUGAUGGCCAACGAGGAGAACGCCGACAUGUUCAGCUUCGUCUACCAGGACGAGUUCGUCUCCUCGCAGCUGAAGAUCCCCUCGGACACGCUCUCCAAGUUCCCCGCCUUCGACAUCUACUACAUCUACAGCUUCAGCAGCGAGCAGUUCGUGUACUACCUGACCCUUCAGCUGGACACGCAGCUGACCUCGCCCGACGCCAGCGGAGAGCAGUUCUUCACCUCCAAGAUCGUGCGCCUCUGCGUGGACGACCCCAAGUUCUACUCGUACGUGGAGUUCCCCAUCGGCUGCACCAAGGACGGCGUGGAGUACCGGCUCAUCCAGGACGCCUUCCUCAGCCGGCCCGGCCGGCAGCUGGCCCGCUCACUGGGCAUCUCGGAGCGCGAGGACGUGCUGUUCACCAUCUUCUCCCAGGGCCAGAAGAACCGGGCCAAGCCGCCCAAGGAGUCGGCCCUCUGCCUCUUCACCCUGCGCCGCAUCAAGGAGAAGAUCAAGGAGCGCAUCCAGUCCUGCUACAGGGGCGAGGGAAAGCUGUCUCUGCCCUGGCUCCUCAACAAGGAACUGGCCUGCAUCAACUCGCCUUUACAGAUCGAUGACAAUUUCUGCGGCCAGGAUUUCAACCAGCCUCUGGGCGGAACCAGCACCAUCGAAGGAAUACCGCUGUUCGUGGACAAGGACGACGGCAUGACGUCGGUGGCGGCCUACGACUACCGGGGCAACACCGUGGCCUUCGCAGGCACCCGCAGCGGCAGGAUGAAGAAGAUCCUGGUGAACUCGGCCAUCCCCAGUCAGCCGGCCCUGCUCUACGAGAACGUUGUGGUGACUGAGGGGAGCCCCAUCCUGAGAGACCUGCUCUUCAGCCCAGACCAGCAACACAUCUACACCCUCACCGACAAACAGGUGAGCCUGGUUCCUGUGGAGAGCUGUGAGCAGUACUCCACCUGUGAGGACUGUCUGGGCUCCAGAGACCCCCACUGUGGCUGGUGUGUCCUUCACAACAUCUGCUCCCGUAAGGACCGUUGUGAGCGGGCCGGGGAGCUCCAGCGUUUCGCCUCUGACCUGCGGCAGUGCGUCCAGCUCAGCAUCCAGCCCAAAAACAUCUCUGUCACCAUGUCUGAAGUGCAGCUGGUGCUGCAGGCGCGUAACGUUCCCGACCUGUCCGCCGGAGUCAACUGCUCGUUCGAGGACUACACCGAGACGGAGGGCCACAUCAGCGGGGGCCUCAUCUACUGCCUGUCCCCCGCCACCCGCGAGGUGGCCCUCAUCACCCGCGGCCAAGGUGACAAACGUGUGGUGAAACUCUACCUCAAGUCCAAGGAGACGGGGAAGAAGUUUGCCAGUGUGGAUUUCGUCUUCUACAACUGUAGCGUCCACCAGUCCUGCCUGUCCUGUGUGAACGGGUCCUUCCCCUGCCAUUGGUGCAAGUACCGUCACAUGUGCACUCAGAACGCUAACGACUGCUCCUUCCAGGAGGGCCGGGUCAACGUGUCAGAGGACUGCCCGCAGAUCCUCCCCUCCACGCAGAUCUACAUCCCGGUGGGCGUGACCAAGCCCAUCACGCUGUCGGCCCGGAACCUUCCGCAGCCGCAGUCCGGCCAGCGCAACUACGAGUGCAUCUUCCACAUCCAGGGCGCGGUGCACAGCGUGACCGCCCUGCGCUUCAACAGCACCAGCAUCCAGUGCCAGAACACCUCGUAUGACUACGAGGGCAAUGACAUCAGCGACCUGCCCGUGGACCUGUCGGUCGUGUGGAACGGAAACUUUGUCAUCGACAACCCCUACAACACCCAAGCUCACCUGUACAAGUGCUACGCGCUGCGGGACAGCUGUGGCAUGUGCCUGAAGGCCGACUCGCGCUUCGACUGCGGCUGGUGCGUGCAGGAGAAGAAGUGCUCCCUGCGACAGGAGUGCGCCCCCCUGGAGAGCUCCUGGAUGCACGCCGCCGCCGGGAACAGCCUCUGCACACACCCCAAAAUCACCAAGCUGUCUCCUGAGACGGGCCCACGGCAGGGCGGGACCAGGCUCACCAUCACUGGGGAGAAUCUGGGUCUGCAGUUCAGUGACAUCCAGGCCCGGGUCCGGCUGGGAAAGGUGUUCUGCCACCCCAUCGAGGAGGAGUACAUCAGUGCCGAGCAGAUCGUGUGCCAGCUGGCCGACGCCACGGGCUACCGCGUCCAGGAAGCAAAGGUGGAGGUGUGCGUGCAGCAGAACUGCGAAGCCGACUACCGCGCCGUCUCGCCCAAGGCCUUCGCCUUUGUGACUCCGUACUUCAUGCGUGUGCACCCCUCCCGUGGACCCAUCUCUGGGGGCACGAGGAUCACCAUCGAGGGGAACCACCUCAAUGCCGGCAGUGCCGUGGCCAUCAACAUCGGCCUGCACCCCUGCCGCUUCGACCGGAGGAGCGCCAAGGAGAUCGUCUGCAUGACUCCGGCGGGCCAAGGCACAGGGGGCACUCCCGUCAUGGUGGACAUCAACUGGGCCGAGCUGAGGAACCCAGAGGUCAAGUUCAACUACACUGAGGACCCCACCAUCCUGAAGAUCGAGCCCGACUGGAGCAUCGCCAGUGGCGGGACUCCCUUGACCAUCAGCGGCACCAACCUGGCUACCAUCAAGGAGCCCAAGAUGCAGGCCAAAUACGGCUCUGUGAAGUCCUUCCAUAACUGCACGGUCCACAACAACACCAUGAUGGUGUGCUUGGCCCCGUCCGUGGCCGGCUCGGAGAAGGGCUUCUCGGAGGUGGGCAGCGCUCCGGACGAGAUCGGCUUCGUCAUGGACAACGUCCAGUCUCUGCUGGUGGUGAACGAGACCUUCGGCUAUUACCCCGACCCCGUGUUCGAACCCCUGAGCCCCACGGGCAUCCUGGAGCUCAAACCCAGCUCCCCGCUCAUCCUCAAGGGCCGGAACCUGAUCCCGUCUGCGCCUGGGAACUGGAGGCUGAACUACACGGUUCUGAUCGGAGAGACGCCCUGCGUGCUGACGCUGUCCGAGACCCAGCUGCUCUGCGAGUGGCCCAACCUCACCGGACACCACAAAGUCACGAUCCGGGCGGGCGGGUUCGAGUACUCCCCGGGCACGCUGCAGAUCUACUCGGACAGCCUGCUGACUCUCCCCGCCAUCAUCGGGAUCGGGGGCGGCGGGGGCCUGCUGCUGCUGGUCAUCAUCGCCGUGCUCAUCGCCUACAAGCGCAAGUCGCGCGACGCCGACCGGACGCUCAAACGCCUGCAGCUGCAGAUGGACAACCUCGAGUCCCGCGUCGCCCUGGAGUGCAAGGAAGCGUUUGCGGAGCUGCAGACGGAUAUUCACGAGCUGACCCAGGAGCUGGACGGAGCUGGCAUCCCCUUCCUGGACUACAGGACCUACGCCAUGAGGGUGCUGUUCCCCGGGAUCGAGGAUCACCCUGUUCUUAAGGAGAUGGAGGUGCAGGCCAAUGUGGAGAAGGCGCUGACUCUGUUUGGCCAGCUGCUGAAUAAGAAGCACUUCCUGCUGACGUUCAUCCGCACGCUGGAGGCUCAGCGCUCCUUCUCCAUGAGGGACCGGGGGAACGUGGCGUCCCUCAUCAUGACCGCCCUGCAGGGGGAGAUGGAGUAUGCCACCGGGGUGCUCAAACAGCUGCUCUCCGACCUCAUCGACAAGAACCUGGAGAGCAAGAACCACCCCAAGCUGCUGCUGCGCAGAACGGAGUCUGUCGCUGAGAAAAUGCUGACAAACUGGUUCACCUUCCUGCUCUACAAGUUCCUGAAGGAGUGUGCGGGUGAGCCUCUCUUCAUGCUGUACUGUGCGAUGAAGCAGCAGAUGGAGAAGGGGCCCAUAGACGCCAUCACCGGAGAGGCCAGAUACUCCCUGAGCGAAGACAAGCUCAUCCGCCAGCAGAUCGACUACAAGACCCUGACGCUGCACUGUGUGAACCCCGAAAACGAGAACGCCCCGGAGGUGACGGUGAAGGGGCUGAACUGCGACACCAUCACGCAGGUCAAGGAGAAGCUGCUGGACGCUGUGUACAAGGGCAGCCCCUACUCCCAGAGGCCCAAAGCCUCCGACAUGGACCUGGAGUGGCGGCAGGGCAGGAUGGCCCGCAUCAUCCUCCAGGACGAAGACGUCACCACCAAGAUCGACAACGACUGGAAACGCCUCAACACGCUGGCGCACUACCAGGUGACGGAUGGCUCUGUGAUCGCCCUGGUGCCCAAGCAGAACUCGGCCUACAACAUCUCCAACUCCUCCACCUUCACCAAGUCUCUCAGCAGAUACGAGAGCAUGCUCCGCACGGCGAGCAGUCCUGACAGCCUGCGCUCCCGCACGCCCAUGAUCACGCCCGACCUGGAGAGCGGCACCAAGCUGUGGCACCUGGUGAAGAACCACGACCACUCGGACCAGCGCGAGGGCGACCGCGGCAGCAAGAUGGUGUCCGAGAUCUACCUGACCCGUCUGCUCGCCACCAAGGGUACAUUACAGAAGUUUGUGGAUGACCUGUUUGAGACCAUCUUCAGCACCGCACACCGAGGCAGUGCCCUUCCUCUGGCCAUCAAGUACAUGUUCGACUUCCUGGACGAGCAGGCCGACAAACACCAGAUCACCGACGCCGACGUGCGCCACACCUGGAAGAGCAACUGCUUGCCCCUGAGGUUCUGGGUGAACGUGAUCAAGAACCCGCAGUUCGUCUUCGACAUCCACAAGAACAGCAUCACGGACGCCUGCCUGUCGGUGGUGGCCCAGACCUUCAUGGACUCCUGCUCCACCUCCGAGCACAAACUGGGGAAGGACUCUCCCUCCAACAAGCUCCUCUACGCUAAGGACAUUCCAAACUACAAGAACUGGGUGGAAAGGUACUACUCUGACAUCUCGCGGAUGCCAGCGAUCAGUGAUCAGGACAUGAGUGCGUACCUGGCGGAGCAGUCGCGGCUGCAUCUGAGCCAGUUCAACAGCAUGAGCGCCCUGCACGAGAUCUACUCCUACAUCAUCAAGUACAAGGAUGAGAUCCUGUCCGCGCUGGAGAAGGACGAUCAGGCCCGGAGGCAGAGGCUGCGCUGCAAGCUGGAGCAGGUCAUCGACACAAUGGCGCUGGCCAGCUGAGGACGCGGAGGAGGCCUGGGACAAGCGCGUGGUUCUGAACCCAAACCCAUGGACCGCAAGGACAGAAGCAGUGCACUGGAGAUUCGGCAGAGAGGCCCGCCUCGGCCCACAACAGGAAAAAAAGAAAAAAAAAAAAAAAAUGAGAAAAAAAAAAACCUGCAUCACGGAAAAGCAUCCGAUUAUCGCCGUCUGUUAUUGUUUUGUUGUGUGCUUGCGUGCGUGCGUGCUCUCAGCCGCGUUCCCCCUCACCGCGCCGGGGGCGGGGCCAACACUCCGGGAGAACUGAGAACGGAGAGGCUGGGGUGCGGCUUACCCCCCUUUCCCAAACGCUCCUCCUCGUGACACGGGGCAAGCUGAGGCCCUGUCAGCCGAGAGACCAUGUUGAGAUCAAGGACAUUUCUUUAUUUUCUUUUUGUUUUUUUGUAUGUUUGUUGGUUUUUAUUUGGAUUUUUCUUUUUUUUUUUGCAUCGAUGUACUCAACUGCCCACUCUCCGAUCUCCUGCCACUCGUGUUACUGCUGAAUUUGCACAAUUUACAGAAACUGAAACGAGAGGAAAAAAAAAAAAGAAAUAGAUAUAUAUAAAUGCAAAUACAUUUUUAAAGGAACAAACAGAAAUAAGGGUAAAAUACUUUUUCCAUUUUAAUGUACGGAAGCCGCCGACUAAAGAAAAAAAAUGGCUUCGAUAUUUCCGAGAAAAAAAAAAGAAGAAAAACGAUGAAAAAACGUGUCCCGUGCCAUGUUUUCUUUGAGUGUUGUUUAGUGCAAAGACAUUUUGUUAGAUGAAGUGUGCUAUAAUUUAAAUGUUAACAUGCCUAGUGACUGAAAAAAAAAAGACUAAAUUGAUCAAAAAAUGAAACAAAACGGCCUCCACGGAGAAGGAAAGAACAAAUCAUUGCAAUGUGGGGGCAUUGCCUAUUCAGAAACAUUGGCAGUCGUAGUUGGAAUGGGUCUUGAAAAUAAGUAACCGUAUUUAUUUUCGACUGUAACUGCUCCCAUCCUUAGUGCAAUCAUGGUUUAAACCUGAAAACCAAACCGCGCACACAAGCUUUGUUUAUUGUUACUCGCAUAGCUCUCUCAACUGAAAAUGCAUACAAACCUGAGGCCGUCGGAUUUAAACUGAGGGCAUUGUCUUCAGACAUCUCACAAAUGAUCUGUGCUGAGGAAUAUUUUUUCGUUCAUUUGCUCAAUAGAAUAGUUUGCUCUGAAGACCCGUAUCCAGAGGGGGUAAUCUUAUAUGAAGUACAUUGCAUUACUUGAAGAAACGCCACUCUCCAUUAGGUAGUACCAGACCCAGUUGGGUGUGGUGAAACCCAGCAGGGUUGAAAUCUGAAGUUUCCGGAAGGUUUAAGGUCAAUGAAUUCAAAAGUUUUAAUACACCUUUUGUGCAUCCCAAGCACUGCAGCCAGCUGGCUUUUUGGAGGACAGAUUCUGCUUUGGGCCUUGCUAAAAACAGCAAGGUUAUUUCAACAUACAACAAGAUUUUUCUUUCAAAAAAAAAAAUAAUAAGCAAAAAAAAACCAACCUGAAGUGUCAUUUUGUUUCCUGUUUCUGAGGCCUGCCAAUGGAGCGAAGCGCUGAGUUUUAGUUUGACUCUCCUUUCUUUCACAGUCCGUGGUAAUGAGGUCAGGGGGGCACCUCGCCUUCGCUAGAACAAAGAGGAGCGAGCUCAGUGCCAUUAUUCAAACGUUAAAAGCAGAGGGGAGUCAAUAAGUCAGUGAGAUUGCUUGAGCAAACUGAUUGGAGAAGGCCGGUUAGCUUUGUUGAAGAGGGGCAUCAGAGGGCUAAAAGACAAGGGUAAAUCCUCUUAGCUGAUGACCUCAGUGGCUUUAGCAUUUUAUUACAUUUUUUUCUUUUAUAAGAGAUCUUGGAUGUUUGACUUUGUGGUGAGAAACUGUGUAAAUUGUUUCUGCUUGCCUAAAAACCAUAGUGUGGUCAGUAAUGGAUUUUGGUAUUUUAUUUUUUAAUGUAUUGCCUUUUUAUCCAGAAGUGAAGCUGAUUUUGUUACCCCCACCCCUACUCCCACACACAAGUACACACAUAUAUGCACCCACUCAAACACACGCCUACAUACACACACACACACACACACACAUGCAUGAACACACACAGACACACACACGGACACACCCCUACCUAAUUAUGUUCCGCCUAGGAAAAAUUUGAGGGUACUUAAUUUCUCAACAAUCCCAUAAACAUGCUUGGUACCUUUAGCAUAGUACUUUGCAGAUGGAACUUCAGUAUUCGUAUCCUGCUCUUCCUUGUCAGGAAGUUAGUCUGGAGGUAGAAAGGAUUCUUGAGCUGCUGCUUAAUUCUGUCAGGUUUAUUUUUCUGAGAAGAUGAAGAAUUUUAGGAAACUCAUUGUUGCAUAGCUACGCACCUACUCUGUCUGCCGCCUCAUCCAAAAUGAACAAGUCAAAUCAAAGAGACAGGGGAACAAAGUGAGAGAAGAUAUUAUACAUGAAAUGAGUGGGUUUCCUGGAAAAAUUUGAUAGUCUGCUUUUCCUUUUUUUAAUUUACUAUUUUAUAUCUUGACAAUCAUCCUGAGAUGGUUUGAUUUUCACUUCAUUUCUUACCUGUGAAGGGCGUGAAACUAAAACUGAAACUAGCCUGCUGUGUUCACGAGACGCGAGUCAGCGUCAUUUUCCCAAAACCCAACAUCACUGCAUCAGACAUAUUUUAUGUGUCACCCGGUUCCUCCAGGAAGGUCCUCAAAUGUAGAAACCCUGCUGUUUAAAUAUUUAGGUCAUUUUUGUUGUUGCUGUUGUUGUUGCCGUUAUUGCUGUUGUUUCUCGGCUCUUUCUUUACGUCAGGACUCCUCCUGGAUCCACAACGCUUCUCCUCAAAUCAGGACUGCUCGAGAAAUAUCUUGUCAGGUGGCAGAACCUGAAGCGAAGCCUUUAUUUAUUAUUUAAAUGAUUUUUUUUUUUUUUUUUUUUUUUUUUGGCCUUUCUCAUUUGUAUCAGUUGGGAGCGGGUCUCCAUAACAGAAAUUUGGACCGAAAACACAAAUCAUUCUCUUUCAGCUUCCUGUUGUGUACAUCUGCAGACCAUGGAGGUCAUUGCUGUUACAGAACCUGGGGGAGGGAACACUUUUCUUUGAUAAUUUUUUUUUUUUUUUCACGGUUACUUCCUGUCCAACGCACCCACGCCUCCUCUGACCUUUCCCCUGGGAUAGUUCUCCCUCGAGAUGGGCCAGGGCCGCUUGUGGUUCUGCCUCAGGUUCUCCCCGGCAGUGUCGGAUCAGGCUUUUAAGGCCCCUAGGUAAUUGGUCAGUUGUAAAGACACUCGUUAAAACCGGUGAGGGCCAGUGAGGCGUUCUCUCUUAAUUGGAGCGGCUCAUCCCAGCUGUUUGUGUUCAAGCAGUCAUCUUGUAAAGUCUGUUUGAAACGGGGUUACCUAAAAACAGUGGCAUACGCAAGGGGGACUACACACUCCUGCAGUCUUCUGGGUAAUGCCUGAUCACGUAGAGUAAAUUUGAUGUGAUCCUCAGUUUGGCUUUGGCCUCUGUGGCUAUUUCAUUAUAAAGCUAACUUUAUCGAUAUGCCCAUCUCAUGCUUUAGAUUUUCACUUUUUGGUCCAGUUUUCCCUGCCGAAACUUGUGUGCAUAUUGCCACACAGGUUAGCUUUUUGAUGAUUUGAAUUAUGGAUGCUUACUCUGUCUCAGGAUUUAUUUUCCUUAUUUUGAUGGUUUAAUUUUUUUUUUUUUUUUUUUUGACUGGGGAAGGAUGGGUGGGGGGUGGUCUGUGUACUUUUGCAUCACUGCUCUAGAGUGUAGAACCUAUUGCUUUGGCAGACGAACACAAGUAUUGAGGCAGUAAGCCUCCUUUUGCCACACGUGUGAAGAUUGACAGAGACUCAUUUGACUGAGAUGGCACCAGGGCUGUGUCCUUUCUCCAGCGCAGGGCUGGGCUAAAAUAGCCGCUCUGGUGGGAAGCAGGAGAAGCCCGUGGGUGAGAUAGAUACAGUCUGAACGGCGAGCUCUCACAGAGUGCCUUGUCAGCUCCAGUCCAUCCCUACCCAUCAUGCACUUCUUUCAUCCCGCUCUCACUGUGGUCCCUGGAACUUUCCGGAACCCAGCUCUCCUCAGCAGGUCAUCACCGACGCAUUCAUACCGUUGCCAUGACAGGACCCCUCCUCCAUUUCCUCUCCAGCACCAUGUCUGAAGUUAUGAUCCUUUUCCACUUCCCCUCUUCUUUUUUUUGUUGUUUUUAUUUCGUUUUCUUUUUCUUUUUUUAAUUGUGGCGGAUUAAGUAGCUGUCCUUUUUAAAGUGAAAAUAAAUGCAUAGGAUCAAAAUAAAUACAUGAAUAAAAGCAAAUUUAAGAAAACAAAUCAGAGAAGUUUUAAUACUAUAAUUCUGAUACAUUUUUAAGAGUUUCAGACUUGAAGCAACUGUGACAAGUUGGCUGUUAAACGCUCAUUGUGUAAAUAUUCUGCGGUUUCCUAUUUUGCAGAUUUACUACUUGUAAAUAAACACAUGCAUCAAGGAGAGAUUAAACAUUUUUUGCUAAAUAA